AUGAACCCAAUGUCAGUCUUCCAGGACUUCUUUCCCAGACUGCUUUUAUCCGACAAACUGGCAACUGACAUGUGCUGGCAGCCAUCAUAUAGCAAAGGAUCGGCUGAGCGUCAGAAGCUUCAAGAUGCCAUCCAGAAACUCAAGAGUAACCUUCCCAUACGAGUUCCAUCGCAAAUUUCCAUGGAAAAAGAUGGCGAACCGAACAUUGCCAAACAACAAAUACCCAGCGAUCACUCUUCCACCUUGGUAGAAUACUCUCAAACGACGCCUGAGCAAGUUAACCGAGCUAUUGAACGAGCGCUCAAGGCCAAAUCUGCCUGGGAGAACACCCCUUUCACUACCCGUGCCGCGGUGUUCCUCCGUGCAGCCGAACUCAUUGCUGGCAAAUACCGCCAUGAUAUCAUAGCAGCAACAAUGCUGGGGCAGGGUAAGAACAUAUGGCAAGCCGAGAUUGACUCAGCAGCUGAGAGCUGUGAUUUUCUGCGCUUCAACGUCCAUUAUGCCUCUGAGUUGUAUAAACAACAGAAUACACUAAGCGACCCGGGAGUUUGGAACCGAACCGAAUACCGUUCGCUCGAAGGUUUCGUUUACGCCAUCAGCCCCUUUAACUUCACUGCCAUUGGCGCCAACCUGACGGUUGCCCCGGCUAUCAUGGGGAAUGUCGUGCUCUGGAAGCCUUCAGAUUACGCUUUGUAUUCAAGCUACCUCCUUCACAACAUCUUCCAAGAAGCCGGGCUUCCACCCGAUGUGAUACAACUCAUCCCCGGCGAACCUGAUGCCAUCACUUCUUCCGUCCUCCAGCACCCCAAGUUCGCAGCCCUUCACUUCACCGGGUCUACAGAAGUGUUUCGAAAAUUGUACGGCAAAAUCGGACAGGGCGUUGCGGAAGGCAAGUACGAAAGCUACCCUCGAGUGGUCGGUGAGACUGGUGGUAAAAAUUUCCACCUCGUUCACGGCAGCGCCGACGUCCGAAGUGCUGUGGUUAACACGAUCCGUGGUGCAUUUGAGUACCAAGUUGGAUCUCCCGAGCAAGCUGACAACUUCAUUGGACCGGUUAUCCAUGGCAGGUCAUGGAACAAGUUGAAUACAGUCAUCGAUAAAGCCAAGAAGGACCCUGAAGUUGAAUUACUCGCUGGCGGUUUUACCGAUAACAGCAAGGGAUGGUUUGUCUCGCCUACAAUUUUCCAAACGCACAACCCUUCUCAUGAACUUAUGAAGACCGAAUUCUUCGGCCCCAUCAUUGCCGUCUAUGUCUAUCCAGACGAGCAAUAUCAAGAGCUGCUACCCGUGAUCGACUCUACCACGCAGUUUGGCCUGACUGGCUCGGUGUUUGCGCGCGACAGAGAGGCAAUCGAGAUUGCGGAAAAGGGAUUACGCCACUCUGCUGGCAACUUUUACAUCAACAGCAAGAGCAGCGGCGCCGUUGUCGGCCAUCAGCCGUUUGGAGGCGGCCGGGCGAGUGGUACCAAUGACAAGGCUACCAGCACUAACCUCCUAGCGCGGUUUGCCAACAUCAGAAGUCUCAAGGAAGACUUUGUGGGCGCUGACACUGUAUUGUAUCCUUCGAAUGAGGUGUAG